AUGUGGGGAGUGCUGCUCUUCCUGGCACCCCUAGCGGGAGCCGCAGCUUUGAGCCCCCGCUCGAGCCUGGAAGAUUGUCCUGGCUAUAAGGCUUUGAAUAUCAAGGAGCAUGGCCAGUCCCUGACCGCAGAUCUGGUUCUUGCAGGCGAUCCCUGCAAUUCAUACGGGACUGACCUGGAUAACCUCAAGCUGCUCGUCGAAUACCAGACUGAUGAUCGGCUCCAUAUCAUCAUAUAUGAUGCCGACGAGGAGGUCUACCAAGUCCCCGAGUCCGUGCUCCCGCGUCCCAAUGCCCAUGGUCAUCACAACAAGGGCGAUUCGACUCUCCGCUUCGACUACCAGCCUGAGCCCUUUUCUUUUCGCGUGCUGCGCGAUGAAGAAGUGCUGUUCGACACCUCUGAAACUAACCUGAUCUUCCAGUCUCAGUACCUGAACUUGCGUACGUGGCUGCCAAAUGAUCCCUACCUGUAUGGUCUCGGCGAACACACCGACUCGCUGCGUCUGCCAAUUUCAAACUACACCCGUACUCUGUGGAGCCGCGAUGCGUAUGGCGUGCCGGAAAACACGAACCUGUACGGUAACCACCCAGUUUAUGUGGACCACCGCGGUGACGCCGGCACACAUGGUGUCUUCUUCUUGAACUCAAAUGGCAUGGACAUCAAGAUCGAUAAGACCGAUGAUGGCCGGCAGUUCCUGGAGUACAAUACUAUUGGUGGAGUCUUGGAUUUCUAUUUCAUGGCUGGUCCCACUCCUAAGGAGGUCAGCAAACAGUAUUCAGAAAUUGUGGGCUUGCCUGCUAUGCAGAGUUACUGGGCCUUUGGCUACCAUAACUGUCGUUAUGGAUAUCGCGAUGUCUAUGAUGUGGCCGAGGCCGUCUAUAAUUACAGCCAGGCCCGCAUCCCCCUGGAGACUAUGUGGACCGAUAUCGAUUAUAUGGAUGGCCGCCGAGUGUUUACCCUGGAUCCCCAGCGAUUCCCACUUGAUAAGAUGCGGGAGCUAGUCACCUAUCUACACAAACACAACCAACACUACAUUGUCAUGGUGGAUCCCGCAGUCAGCAAAAGCGAUAACGGGGCCUUCAACCGAGGCAACGACGAUGGAGUCUUUCUCUAUCGUGACGACGAGACUUUGUAUGAGGGGGCUGUCUGGCCCGGCGUGACUGUGUACCCGGACUGGUUCAAUCCUGACACCCAAGACUACUGGAAUGGCGAAUUUAGCCGCUUCUUCUCUCGCCGAGAUGGCGUUGACAUCGAUGGCCUCUGGAUUGACAUGAACGAAGCUGCCAAUUUCUGUCCUUGGCCAUGCAGUGAUCCUGCCGCCUACUCAGAGGAAAACGACUUGCCUCCGGAUCCUCCAGCUGUGCGCUCGCCGCCACGCUCUCUGCCCGGCUUCCCGGCUGAUUUCCAACCCUCCAAGUUGUCAUCGACGAAGCGCUCUGACUCGGCUGGAAAAGUGCGCCGCGAUACUAAGGGCAAGAAGGCUGGUCUACCAGGGCGAGACCUUAUCGCACCGCCGUAUCAGAUUGCCAAUGCGGCGGGGUCGCUCAGUAACAAGACCAUUGAUACGGAUCUUAUUCAUGCCGGCACGGGCUAUGCUGAGUAUGAUACUCACAACCUUUAUGGCACGAUGAUGAGCUCCGCCUCGCGCGAGGCCAUGCUCCAGCGUCGACCCAACGUCCGACCUCUGGUCAUCACCCGUAGCACAUUCGCCGGUGCCGGUGCCCAUGUCGGUCAUUGGCUCGGAGACAACCUCAGCCAAUGGGACAAAUACCGCAUCUCAAUUUCUCAGAUGCUCGCAUUCGCCUCAAUCUUCCAGAUCCCAAUGGUCGGCUCCGACGUCUGCGGCUUUGGCGGCAAUACCACCGAAGAGCUCUGUGCCCGCUGGGCCACCCUCGGCGCCUUCAAUCCUUUCUACCGCAACCACAACGGAAUCGACUCCAUCCCGCAAGAAUUCUACCGCUGGCCUACCGUCGCCGAAGCUGCCCGCAAGAUCAUCGACAUCCGCUACCGCCUGCUCGACUACCUCUACACGGCUUUCUACCGCCAGACCCAGACAGGCGAGCCAUUCCUGCAGCCCUUAUUCUACGUCUACCCGCAGGACCCCAACACCUUCGCCAACGAGCUGCAAUUCUUCUACGGCGACGCGCUCCUCGUCUCGCCCGUCCCGGAUGAGGGCCAGACCACCGUGUCCGCAUACUUCCCCAACGACAUCUUCUAUGAGUGGCACACCGGCGCGGUCGUGCGCGGCCGCGGCGCCACCAUCACCAUCCCCGACGUCGGCCUGACCGACAUCCCGCUGCACAUCCGCGGCGGCAGCGUACUACCUCUGCGCGCCAGCAGCGCCAUGACCACGACAGAGCUGCGCCGCCGCGGCUUCGAGAUCCUGAUUGCGCCCAACCUGAGCGGGUACGCGACGGGCGAGCUGUAUCUGGACGAUGGCGAGGCGCUGGAGCCGAGCAGCUCGUUGCUGGCGACGUUCGUGUAUGAGCAUGGCACGUUGACGAUCCGGGGACAUUUCGGCUUCCACCCGAAUGUGGUCAUUCAGUCUGUGACGGUGCUGGGGCAGCAGCAGCACCACCCGGGUCGGGCCAUGCGUCGGGGGGUGGAAUAUGAUGCGGCACGGGGGAGCGUUACGAAGAAGGUCAACAUCGCGUUGACGGGGCCGGCGGUCGUGGAUAUUCUUUGA